AUGGCGGAGGAGGCCAUGGAGAGCUACCUGUAUGCCCCCUACCACCCCUACCCCUAUUCCUACCGCUACCCGCCGCCCAAGGGCAAGGGGGGAGCGGCGGGCAGCUGGCGGCCGCGGGGCAGCGGCUACUUCUCGGGCUCCGGGGAGGCGGCGGCGGCCGCCGAGUACUUCGACAACUACCAGCGGGCGCAGCUGAAGGCCAUCCUCUCCCAGGUCAACCCCAACCUGACGCCGCGGCUCCGCAAGGCCAACACCAAGGAGGUGGGCGUCCAGGUCAACCCGCGGCAGGACGCCUCGGUGCAGUGCUCCCUCGGGCCCCGCACGCUGCUGCGCCGCCGCCCCGGCCCCGCCGCCGGGCCGCGGCCCCGGGAGGGGGGGGAGCGGGAGCGGGAGCAGGAGCAGGGCAGCCCCGCCACGACCAGCACCCGCGCCGUGCGCUUUCCCCGCACCAUCGCCGUCUACUCGCCCGUGGCGUCCCGCAGACUCACCGCCUUCCUGGAGGAGCCGGGCCCGGAGCCGGAGCGGCGGCCGCAGGAGGAGGAGGAGGCGGCGGCGGCGGCCGCCGUCGUCGAGGAGAAGCCGGCGGCGCAGGCGGCGGCCGUCGAGGAGGAGUCGGCCGAGCAGCGGGAGGCGGAGGCGGCCGCCGUGAGGGAGAGCUGGGAGAAGCCCGCCGAGGGCAGCGCCGAGCCUCUGGGGCAGCGCCCGGCCGCGGCCCCGCAGCUGCCGGCGGAGAACCGGGAGGAGGAGAGGGCGGCAGCGGCGAGGGCAGAGCCGCCGGCCGCCCCCAAGAAGCGGGAGCCGGCGGCGGAGAAGACCCGCCUGCGCUUCCAGUUCCUGGAGCAGAAGUACGGCUACUACCACUGCAAGGACUGCAACAUCCGCUGGGAGAGCGCCUACGUUUGGUGCGUCCAGGGCACCAACAAGGUCUAUUUCCGGCAGUUCUGCCGGACCUGCCAGAAGUCCUACAACCCGUACCGCGUGGAGGACAUCACCUGCCAGAGCUGCAAGCAGACGCGGUGCACCUGCCCCGUGAAGAUGCGCCACGUGGACCCCAAACGGCCCCACCGCCAGGACCUCUGUGGGAGGUGCAAGGGGAAACGCCUCUCCUGCGAUAGCACCUUCAGUUUCAAAUACAUCAUCUGAGCGGGAUAGUGGUUUUUUUUUUUUUUUUGGUGUUUGUUUAAGGCUCUUCCAGAAAACUGCAAGUAGAGCGAGUUUUGGGUUGUGUGUUUUUUUUUUUUUUUUUUUUUUUCGGUUGGGAUUGUUGAAGGUACUUGGUGAGGUUGUAGCUAGGAAAGCAUGCAAAUAAAAGUAUUGCAAAGCA